UGUAAAACUCUAAAUCUGUAUUCUGUAUAUAUACAGCUGUCUGGCAUCUGGAUGUCGAUCACUCUGUGUUUGAGCGAUUGCGUUUUACCAAUAUCAGAUUUUUUGUAUAUCAAGUUGAACGAAAAUUGCAGUUUCUAAUUGAUAAAAUAUGAAAGUAUAAGUCGAUGUGCAUUAAAUUACUGGCAAAAUAAUUGUGUCCCUGAACUGAUUCUUCCUGAAUUUUGCUAACGGUCAUGGAGUCAGGGCAUCAGGCUAAGUUAAGCCCCAUUCGAGCUUUUCAAGUUACUCAUGGUGGUAUAAUAGAACAUGAAGCUGACGACUCCUAUUUGAAUUGUAGUCUCUCUGAUUACCAUGAUUAUGAACCUAAUUUAGAGUUUGAUGAUACUGAGCUUAUGUGUUCCACAAGUUUUGUUCCGAUGUCACCCGAUUUACUAGAUUUAUCGCGGGAAAUUCUUCCACCUUCAAGUAGUGAUGGUACAAUAGAAGAAAAUUUCGAAAAAGAACUUGGAAAUGGACCACAAUCAUUUGUAGAGAUAGCUACCUCCUCGAGUGAAUAUGAUAUUUUUGCCGAUUUACAUAAAAGAGAAGUAGUCCAAGUUGAGGGGGACGAUGAACUUGGACGUAAAAUUAUCGUAAUUUCUGCCUGUCGCCUACCGCCGUCCAAGGAUGUACAUCCCGAUUUCCUCUUGAGGUUCCUAAUGCAUACAUUGGACAAAUAUGUGGAACAAGAUUAUAGUGUUGUUUACUUUCAUCAUGGGCUCUCCAGCGUAAACAAACCACCAUUCUCUUGGUUGUGGAAAGCUUAUAAAGCGUUUGAUAGAAAAUAUAAGAAAAAUCUUAAAACGCUGUAUCUAGUCCAUCCAACGAAUGUGAUAAGAAUAGUAUGGCAAAUGCUGAGGCCAGUAAUAAGUGUCAAGUUUGGCAGAAAAAUGAUGUACGUCAAUUAUUUACAUGAAUUGCAGCAGUAUUUAGAUUUGGAUAAAAUUCACAUUCCAUCGGAAGUUAUUCAAUGUGACAGGAUGCUCUUAGCUAAAAAUCCACGGGCUGCAGAAAUAGCUAAAGAAAUUAAUAGUGCCAGGCAAGCGGCCCUUAGCCAAGCUGAGGGUCCGUGCAGUUUAGUAUCAACUCCAGCAAAACAGUUUGGAGUGUCAUUACAGUUCAUACAACAGAAUAAUACGAAAAUAGUAGAUUCGAUUCCGCCGAUAGUGCGACAAUGCAUUGAGUUUUUAUCAGAACUCGACGCCAUAGAAACUGAAGGAUUAUUCCGGCGAUCGCCGAGCGCAGCCAUUGUGAAGGAAAUACAGCGAGAGUGCAACAAUGGUGGCGACGUAUCUUUCAGAAACGACCCACAUGUUGCAGCCGCCGUACUGAAAACUUUUUUAAGAGGCCUAGAGGAGCCAUUAUUAACUUUCGAUUUAUAUGACGUAGUUAGCAAAUAUGAAGCCUGGGUAAUACCUAGGAAGGCAAGAAAGGUGAAAAUAUUGAUUCUUGAAAAGCUACCUCUAGACAAUUACAAGAUUUUAAAGUAUAUUAUGCAGUUUUUGUGGAAGGUACAAGAUCGUAGCUGCCUAAAUAAGAUGACAAGCAGCAACUUAGCUGUGGUCUUCGGGCCCAAUUUACUAUGGCCGCGGGAUGGAAAUGUUUCAUUACAAUCUAUCGGGCCAAUAAACGCAUUUACCGAUUUUUUAAUCACACACCAGGAAUCCAUAUUUAUUAUUUAAAAUGUAUACGAAUUGUGAGUAACCUAUGAAUCUGGCACAUAUCACAAUCAUUUGUUUGUUCUUUUAUUUUUUGAUUUAUUUAUUAUUACGUGACCUGGUAAACUACCGUUGUGUUCCAUUGUUAUUAUCGGCCAGUUAUGUGAAAAAAUAAAUAACUUUUAAUAAAAUUAAUAUGUGACGUUGAAAGACUAAAACAAAUAACCCACUUAUAUUUAACGUCACUGUAUCAAAAUUAAACGUAACUCAUGUAAUAAUGCCAGUUUAAUAGAACAGUUUAUAAAACUAAUAUCUGUAUUUACAUUCGCGUAUGUACCUUGUAGUUUGUGUAAGUUUUAAUUUGGUUGAUGGCAUUAAAACACUAUAAGAACUAAUUAAGUGUAUAAAACUAUAUUAUUCCACUCUAAGAGGAACUCCAGAUUAUGUGAUUAUUUUUGUGUUAAGAAAUCGUCAACAUUUGCGUCUUAUUUAUUACUAGUAGACUGUUUGUUCACCUAUUGCUAUUAUUUUUCUACUAUUCACAUUAAAGGUCUAAGAGGCUUAUUCGAAAUCAGUACCUACAUAAUUUAAACUCCAAAAAAUUCAGAUAAAAUAUUUUAGAAUACGCACAUGAGUUUUAUCUACAUACA